GGGAGAGAAAAGCGCAAGCGGGAGUCUUCUCCACCUUGGUGGGGACGAGAGCGAAGAUCUGAUGAGUUCAUUCACUCCAUCCUCAGCUGUGAUGCAGUUCGCCCUUCAGUCCUUCACGCCGCCGCCAGCCGCCGACCUCGACUGCCUCGUGGAGCGCUUCGAACGCUUGAAGACGAUACGGCAUCCCUUCUUAGCGGCAUACGUCGCAAUUGUCGUGGAGCGCGGCCGCCGCCUACUCAUCGUGUCUGAGAGAUGGACCCACACAAUCAUCAGUGGCAAAGGAGCCGGCGUGGAUGCGGAAAGGGCACGGCAGUGGAUUGGUCAGCUGGCGGAUGCGCUGGAGUUCCUCAACCGAGAAGGAAUCGCCCACGGGCAUCUGCGGCCAGAAUGCGUCUUCAUCGACAGCAAGGGCAAUGUGAGGCUCGGCGACUACGGCCUCUCCUUCCUCUUCCCCUCCCUGCCGGCCAUCCCGGCCCCUCCCCACCUCGCCCCCGAGAGGUCUCUCACCCACCCGUCGGCCGGCCCCUGCAGCCAGACCGACGUCUGGGCCGUCGGCGUCCUGCUGAUGGAGCUCGUCUGUGGACGGUGGCAGCCCCCCGCAACACCCCUCCCCCCUCACGUCGUGUCGGCCAUAUCGCUGCACGUCCUUCAGAGACUCGCCAGCAUCGCUUUUGCCGUCCACGCCAAGAGCAGCAGCAAGGCGGCGGCACAAGGCAGGAGCAGACAUACAGGGGGCAGCCGGCUCACCGCGACAACCACAGGGUCAUCGUCAGCAUCCGAUGACACGAUGAUGGAGGGCCUGUCGGUGGUGUCCCUGCCGUCAUCCCAGGGCCGGAGUCGGUCACUGGGGUCGCCUCGGGGCGAGUCGAUGUCGCCGGUGAAGGCCUAUGCGAGAGGGAAGGUAGGGGCGUUUGAGGGGGAAGUCAUGCCAGCGAUCGGUGACCUCCUGCCAGAAGGUGUGACGGCAGCGGAUGUGCGUGCGGUGGAGCGGAGCUUGCUCGUCUGGCUGGCCGGCAGGGACGAUGGACACACGGGGGACGAAUCGGGUGGCAGUGGUGGAAUGGGAGGUGGUGGUUCAAGUGUGGAGUCACUUCCGCUGCAUCCGGCGCUGGCUGAUGGGUCAAGCAACCUGCGGCAUUUCCUGUCAUGCUGCCUCUGCCUUCACCCACUCCACCGCCCAGCACCCCGCGACCUCACGUAAGACCACCGACACACACCGAGGUUGCAUUGCAUUCAUCGCCGACACUCGUGGAUGGCACUGCACUGUGUGCUGUGCAGUUCCCACGGCUUUCUCACAAGUCCGUCGUAUCCCCUGCCCAAGUGGGUGCCGGCCCCCCGCCCCCUCAGCGCUCGGCUGGCCCCUCUGAAAGUCGAUGACGUGCUCAGCGGCAGAGCGGCAGACGACCUGACAGAAGAUACGCAGGAGGAGGAGACGGACAUCUCGUCGCUGUACUACUGGUGGCGGCUGGCUGGGGGCGACCUGUCCGAUGCACUGCAGGACGUCCACGCCGUCCACCCCGCCCCGCCACUCUUCACCCUCCCUCUAGUCGAGAAAUGCACCGUAGACAGCCAGUGCUACGAGGCGACUCCCUUCGUCCCGCGCGCCAUCGACAUGGCACACAUGGCCCCCGCCACUGUGUGCCAUGAGGGUGGGAGGGAUGACGGGAGUGCUGGUGGUGCCGGUGGUGCUGGCGACGUGUUUGGUGUGUGGCGUGCCGGUGUGUGUGGGCGGCUGAGGGGCCGGCUGGGGGAGGGGUGGACAAACUCGGGGUGGAAGGCAAACAGGACUGAGGCCAUCGGUGAGCGAUCGCUCUGAAAUGGAAAGAGCUGCGUCUGUGUGUGCCGCUUUGUGUGUGCAUUCAUUGCGCGUAUGUGCUUGCCUUGCCUAGGGGUAGAUUUGAGUGGCCUUGUGUCUGCCUUAGAGGAAGCAGACAGGUUUCCCCUGGAGCACGCAGACAAGGUGGGAGGGGGGAAAUGACGCAAACAGAAAGGUCUCAUGGAAUGUCUAUUGUUACGAGUGCGUCUGUGCUUCACCCUGCCUGCAGGUGUGUCCCUCGCCGGCCGCGAGUCACUCCCACUUCCUCUACCAGCGACUCAGGUACACACACACACACACACACACAAACUCAGCCAAACACACACACACCCGAUGCGAUCCCUGCAACGUUCUCUCUCUUCAGGUACCGUUUGUUCCGCGACUUGCUGCGCCGUCUGCCACGCACGCGGCCACAGCUGAUCCGCGAGGCCACACACGACAUACCCACACUACUCAGACCGCAGGUCAGAGGCAGCCACCCACACGUACACCCAGACACACAAACAUGCACACACACAUGGAUUCUUCCCUGUGGUGCAUGCAGGUGUGGGCGGCUCUGUUGGGUCUGCCCCCCGGCGCGGGUUGCCAAACGGCUCUGGCGUGUGAAGAAGUGUACCUGGAUCGGCUGAGCACCAUGCCGCUGCCGAAGGAGCUGCCCUCGGUGGACUUCGACAUAGCCAAAUGCCAUGGAGUGCAUAUGAGGGAGGGCAGCCAAAGCCAUCAAUCAUGGGGGGCGGGGCACCUCACCUUCAUUCAUUCGCAUGUCUGUGUGUGUGUCUGGUGCCUGUGUGUGUCCACUCACUCAGUAUCGCCCCUUGUUGGCGACAGCUGAGGGUCGGUCGAGGGUGGAGCGGCUGCUCAAGGGGUGCUUCCAAGAGAGCCCACAGCUGGCCUACCUGCGGUGAGUGAGAUACGGCGGGCUCCAUGCAUUUGUGUCCACUGUUUUGUGUUGUCUUGUGUUGGAUGGCCUGCCUGCAGUGGUUUGGAGAGCGUCGCGUCGCCUCUGGUGGUGCUGUUCUACCACGAGCAGCACAUCGCAUUCGCAUGUCUGCGGGCCAUACUCAGGAACUUCCUGGAAGUGAUCCAAUGGAUGGAUGGAUGCAUGAGCACACCACCGUCCAUAACUUCUCUCUGUGCGUCUGUCUGUCUAUGCAUUCUCUCGUGUGUGCGUGUGUGUGUGUGUGUGUGUGUGUCAGAAUUUCUUCCUGAAGGAUCAGUGUGCCCAUCUGCGUGGGUAUCUGUACCUGUUCAACUCCCUGCUGUUCUUCCUCGACCCACAGCUGGCCCUACACCUCCAGACCAUCGGUAGGUAUCUAUCUGCGGCAUUCACACAACGCCUUCGAUGCGUCCAUCCAUCCAUCCAUCUAUGCAUGUGGCCAAUGUGUGUGUGUGUGUGUGUGUGUGCAGGUCUGCACCCCGACCUGUACAGUCUGUCGUGGUUUCUGACUCUGUUCUCACACCUCCUGCCGCUCAAGCAACUGCUGCCCCUAUGGGACACGCUGUUCGUGCAGGUGGGUCGGCCUGAAUGACGAUAGACAAGGCAGCACACGCACUGCACAUGGACUGGACGCCUUUGAGUGCGCGUGUGCGUGUGUGUGUGUGUGUGUGUGUGUUUGUGUGCGUGCAGCCCCCCUCCCUCACCGUGUUCAUAGCCGCCACUCUCCUGCACACACUCAGGACACACCUACUCGGUAGGUACACAAAUGACCCAUAUAUCCCCCCAUCUGUCUGUCCAUCCUCCACACUUCAAUGUGUCAUUCCCUUCCCGUCUGUCGUGCAGCCAUCGAUGACGUGUCGUGUGCUCUGUCGUUGCUGUCGUCAAGCCCCUCGCUCAUCGACAUCGCCGACAUCGCCGCCACCGCCCUGCGGCUGCACAACUCCACACCUGUCAGCCUCUCGGUGCUCCUCACACCCAAGAAGGCACAGACCCCAAACAAUGCACUGGCACCAGCACCAGCAGCAGCGACAGAGGGUGACGGAGCCCUCCUUGCGAAGAAGGAGGAGCAGGCCGCUGCGGCCCAUGAAGGUGAGAUACACGCGGCGAUUGCUGCAGGUGUUGGAUCGUCUGUGUCUGUGUGUGUCAGGUGUGUCGUUCUUCAUUGGUGAUGAAGAGACGUCGUCCAACUCGGCCAGUGGCAGCGACGGCGAGUCGUUCGGCUCGCCGCGCAGCCUCAGCCGGUCGCCGUCGGCUGCCGUCUCGGCAAAGACACGACCAAGGCGUGGGCGCACACAAAGAAGAAGGUGAGACAAGCAACAUGGUGGCCAAGACGACCUGCGGGUGUCUGUCUGUCUGUCUGUCUGUCUGCUUUCCUGCAGUCCCUCUGAUCCGGCGGACUUCUACGAAGAUGAGAACACGCAUAGGUCAGAGGGGACAUGAACAGACGACACACCUCCCCACACACACACAUUCUUCCUCCGGCGCAUCUGUCGAUGUGUGCAGUUCGCAGCCCGUCGAGCGGUGGUGGGAGGACGAUGCCUUCGACCCGAUGAUGGCAUCCGCUGCACCGCGGACCGUCGCCCCCUUCCGCUCGCCCACAGACCUGCCUGUGGACUUCUCGCGACCCAGCGUGGCACGGCUGUCCAUCGACGACCUGGUGGAUGUCGCCAACCAGCAGCAGGAUGGCCACGAGGCUGAUACGAAGGGCGGCAAGGGCAGGAAGGGCGGUCGGGUGAUAGUGCUGGAUGCGCGGCCGAAACGGAUGUUUGCCAAAGGCCACUUCAACGGGUCAGUGAGUGGGAUGGGUGGCUGGGGGGUGGCUGAUACAUACCAACACUGCCAUGACAUGACAUGACACGUCUGAGUGAGUUGCAUUUGCGGCUUUGUUUCUCCGUCAGGUCUCACUCUGUGCCAGUGCCCCGCCAUUUGCCGCUGACAGACAUCUUCCCGCCCACCUCCGACGGCCACCCACACCCCCUUCUCACGCCGCCCAACUCCCCCCCGUGGCUCAACAACAAGCAGCAGACGGAGCCCAUGGUGCUGGACUUGGUGGUGAUAGUGGGCGACCGGCGUGAGAGCGGUAGGGGGCUGGCAGAGCGGCUGUUCCAGUGGGGCGUGAGGCACGUCACGGCACUCACCGGCGGGAUGGACGCUGUCUCGGUUGACGCGCCGCUAUACGUCAUCCGGUCAUAGACAGACAGACAGACAGACAGACAGACAGCAGCAGCUGAUCGAUGUGUUCUUGUGAUGGACAUGGAUGGAUGGAUGGAUCAACACAUUGCGUGGCUCAUCAUUGUUUAGCAUUGCAAUCGAUGGGCCAGAGCAGACUGCGUAAAAUG